AUGAGAUUCUUAGCCGAACUUUGUAAGCAACCUCGAACUUGUAAUGUAUAUCCUAAUGGUGAUUACAAAAUACCUUUAUCAGCCAAGGCAUUUGAAUUGGCACCAUUACGAAUUGGACAUGGUGGAGGUCAUCCAGUCGACUAUCCUGAUCGGUAUCAUAAGACAAGGCACCGAAGAAGAGGGGAGCAACAGAGACCCUUCCGAUCAGGAUCCAGCGACAUAGGUCGAAAUGACCUUUAUACCAAUCUCUCACCAUGCUGUCUCACCGGUGGUAGACUGACCGGAACACCCAGAGGGACGUGGGAACCCGCAAUACAAGGUGAAAGGAAAGUAGCAAGAUAUCAUACUACACCAUCCAAAUCCGGGGGGGAUGAGAAUGGUACAGCGAGAGUGGUAGAUGGUAAACUCGCUCUAGUUUUGUUGACAGAUGCAUUUGGAUUAUCACUUCCCAAUGCCAAGAUCAUGGCUGAUGCAUUUGCCGAACAACUCAAAGAUCAACGUGCUCGUUCCAGAAUAUAUCAUCGACCCUCCUCCUGUGGAAGUAUCGUGGAGGUAUUAUGGAAGACCUGGAGAUGGUUACCUAUGUUGUUAUUCCCCAAAAAACAAGUACCUCUAGCUCAGAGUGCGAUCAACGAUCUCACCUCCGAAGGAUAUACCUCGAUAGCGGUAGUGGGAUCAAGCAGGGGAGGAGCAAUGGUCCAACAUCUCCUCUCCAACCCCGUCAAUACCACCUUAGUCGGAGGAGUGAUCUGUCAUCCUUCACCAGAGAAGGAAACAUGGACUAAAAUAAUUAAACCUACUUAUUGGCAUUUGGCAGAUCAUGAUCAGAUGUUCGGUCAGAAGGAUAUCAACAAGCUUAGAGAGACGUUUGAGAAGAAGAAGGAUGAACAGGGUGUGGACUUCCAAUGUAAAGUACAUAAAGAUACUGUUCACGGGUUCGCAGCUAGACCUACAUUAGAUCAUGAGAAUACUAAGUUCGCAUUUGAAGAAUCCAACUCGUCAGCUGUGGAAUUCUGUAGGAAGUACUUGCUCGGGAAGGAUUGA